AUGAUGUCAAACAACGUUGUUCUAUGUGUUGUCAUAAUCUUCAAUUCGAUGUCAGUAUAAUAAAUUGUGGACACAUUUACCACAAUAGUUGUCUUAAGUUAUUAAUAGAUGUUAAUAAACAAUUAAACCACAAACAAAUCAAAUGCUGUCGAUGCCGUCGACAAGUGGACAGUCAAUUGGUGGCCGAUUUUCUUAAGUAUUUGUUGUCCACUAGAAUCGGCAAUCAGUUAGAAUUGUGUCCAUCGACUCACAAUAUCGAUGUACCGAAUGUUAAUCGUAGUGACUUCCAGUUGUUUGGCAUUAGUAAGGAUGGCUUCGUAAUACUAAUGAACGAAAAGGGCGACACUCGCGAUGAUCUACGCGUACCGGACGGCGAAAUGGGCACAAAAAUGCGUGAAGAGUACGGCAAAGAGGACAACACUGUUAUUGUAACAGUGAUGUCUGCUGUCGGUGAGGAAGCGAUAAUCGCCUGUAAGAACGCCACCUCAUAGUCGGAUGACUUCCCCAUUGUUUAUAAGAAGAAAUAAUUUUUAAAAGAAAUGUCAAAUAUAUGUAUCCAAUUGUGUCUCUCAGUGCGCUCUCCUCUGACUGCACCACAAAAAAACAAAACAAUAUUUCAAUUGAAUCCAAACAAAACAAAUUAACUUUAUUUAGUAGUUUCAAAAUUUUUAAAAGUAUAUAUAUAUUUACAACAAC